AUGGCUCAGCCUGGCCAGUUGAGCCCGUACACCACCAAUUACAUCUGGGAAACUAUGACUUCUCCAGGGUCUCUCCCAUCCUCUGGAACUUCCUUUCUCAACCUGUCUGGCUAUUUCCUACUACCGUAUGUGCACCUUCAGAUUGAAGCAUGUAGCAGCACAGAGCAGUACGAGAAGUAUGGCAAAUGUUGUUCAUUGUGCAGGCCAGGACAAAGACUACAUACAGAGUGUACAGAGCGCAGCGAAACGAUGUGUGCGAUUUGCCUAAAUGGGGAGUAUCAAGAUAAGUGGAGCCGAGAAAAAGAAUGUCUUCCACACCAAUACUGUGAUAAAAACUUAGGGUUCCAGAAGAUAAGUGAGGGGACACAAAAACAAAAUGUAGAAUGCGUUUGUCAAGAUGGGAAGCAUUGCUCCAGCACAGAAUGCGAGACUUGUGUGUUUAAUACACUCUGCGCCCCAGGAUAUGGAGUCACACGGAAAGCUGAAAAAUAUUCAGACACUGAGUGUGCAGUAUGUCCAUACGGAACCUUCUCUAAUAGUACAUCGGAUACAGAGCCAUGUAAGGAUUGGCAAAGAUGUACUAGUUCACAAGAAGAGAGCCACCCAGGAAGUACCAAUACGGAUGUUGCCUGUGUUAAGAGACGAAGAGAAAAGAAGGUCAAACUGAAACAGCAAAUACAGGAUCCACCUGAGGAAGACAAUGAGGAUCCACUGUUGGAUUUAGAUUUACCACAGCCCAAUCUUCCUGAAGAGGACCAGGACAUCACAAUGCAGGGGCUGCCUGUGGCUCAGGAGCAGGGGAAAGACUAUCACAUCUCGCAGGAGGAAGUUUGA